GGCAGCCAAGACGGGCUGACGGGCGGACAGGCGGGCGCGGCAACAAGAGCGGAGCCGCGCUCCGGGAAGGCGCGUCACUGAGGUGGGAGCCGCCCAGCCUGCAACUGCCGGCCCGGAGUCCGGACCCAGCCACGCCGGCCCGGGAUGGACGAUCUGGAUGCUCUCCUGGCUGAUCUGGAGACCACCACCUCUCAUAUCUCCAAACGCCCCGUUCUACUCGCUGACUCCGGGGGAUCCCACAGUCAAGAGAGGACUCCAGUUUCAAAGCCAACUGCUUCACCUUACAACUCUCAGGCUGGAAAAGCAGCCAUGCCGGCUGAUCCAAUCCCAACACCGACCCUGCAAGGUGGGAGCGACAAGGAGCAUCUCUAUAGUACGGUCUGCAAGCCCCUCUCGCCCAAGGCGAAGGAAGCUGCCCCUCCGCCCUUCUCCUCCUCCAGUGGGGUGCUCGGAGCUGGGCUUUGCGAACUGGAUCGGCUUCUCCAAGAACUCAACGCAACCCAGUUCAACAUCACAGAUGAAAUAAUGUCCCAAUUCCCAUCCAGCAAAAGUCCUGCUGCAGACAAGGACAAAGAGAGAUUGGACGAUUCGACAGACGGUACUUCUUUAUCCCGGUCAACAAUGUCUCCAUCUGCCAAGCCGACGGCCACCUCAGCGACUCUGGAGCUGGACAAGCUCAUGGCUUCGCUGUCGGAUUUCCGUGUCCAGAGCAAUCUUCCAGGAGUCUCGGCCCCCACCACCACCACCACCACCACCACGGUGCCACCAGUACCUGCUCCUGCCCAAGUGCCCUCAGCUCAGCAGCCUGUGGUGUCAUCUGUCUGUCCAGGCCCCACUGCUAUGUCCCCCCAGAUGUCUCCAGGCCAGCCCAGCGGGAACCUGGAUAGCAUGCUGGUGAUGCUGGAAUCGGAUCUCAGCCGCCAAGGCAUUUCCACCACAGCCAAGGGGCUUUGUGCUUCCUGUCAAAAACCCAUCGCCGGGCAGGUGGUAACCGCCUUGGGGAGUACCUGGCACCCAGAGCACUUUGUCUGCACUUACUGCCAGAAGGAGAUGGGGGGCAGCAACUUUUUUGAGAAGGACGGCGCCCCCUACUGCGAGAGAGAUUACUUUCAGCUUUUCUCUCCCCGCUGUGGAUUCUGCAAUGAACCCAUCCUGGAUAAAAUGGUGACUGCACUGGACAAGAAUUGGCACCCAGAGCACUUCUGCUGUGUUAAGUGCAGGCGGCCCUUUGGAGAGGAAGGCUUUCACGAGAAAGACGGGAAGCAGUAUUGUCGCCAGGACUUUUAUGAGCUCUUCUCCACUCGCUGUCAAGGGUGCAGCCAGGCUAUCUUGGAGAACUACAUCUCGGCUCUCAAUGCCUUGUGGCACCCAGAAUGUUUUGUUUGCAGGGAAUGCUACACCCCGUUCAUGAACGGCAGCUUCUUUGAGCACGGCGGGCGCCCUUUCUGCGAGAUCCAUUACCACAAGCAACGUGGCUCCCUCUGUUCCGGCUGCGAGAAACCCAUCACCGGCCGCUGCAUCACUGCCAUGGGCCGGAAGUUCCACCCGGAGCAUUUUGUCUGCGCCUUCUGCCUCAAGCAGCUCAACAAGGGCACCUUCAAGGAGCAGAACGAGAAGCCCUAUUGCCACCCUUGCUUUAUCAAGCUCUUCGGGUGACUGGGAGGGGCCCUGGCCUUGCUGGGGUCAGGCCACGCCUCUGCUGGCGUGGGAAAGAGGGAGGGCCCAUCGUCGGCUUUUGAACAAGCCGCACCCACUGCCAAGCAUGGGGGAAAAACACCUGUGCCUUAAGGGGCCCCACCCCUCAACCUGGGAGCCCAUCCACCAUUGCCAAAAACCACGCCUGUAGAUCAGAGCUACUCGCAAAGCAAGCAAUGAAGGAAGCAAGUCAGAUCUGCUCCUCCCAUCCUUCUCAGAAGCCCGGCCUCUGUUCCCACACAAGCAGCCAAGCGUUAUCUCCCGCCCCAUCCUAGGCCACUUUUAAGCCACCACCACUCCAGCACCAGCACUUCUGACAGGAGGCCCUGCCUUAAGCCACAUCUCCAAGAUCAGCUGGUGAGGUCCUCAGGAGACCAGGAUGUGAUACAAUUACACCUCUGGUGUCUUUACUCCUAGGUCCAGGUUUAUGGGUUGGGGUUUGCACACUCUACCCUACAACUCGUCUAAACCAUAAAGCCAUCUUGGUGGGAGUCAGCCAAAUCACAUCCAAGUUUUUUUGGAACAUCUGGAUAUUUUUAUCCUGGUAUUUGUGGGGAGCAGUGGUCUACCUGAAAGACCUCUUGAUCUCAACCCCUAAAUUAAUUCCCUUGCAACCAAAGAUCAACAAUAACUCCUUACCCUGACUUUUAUUUUUAUCGUGUACGAAUACAGAACUGUGACCAUCCAAAGUUUGGUCAAAACUGCAACUCCGAGAAGCGCCUGCCAACAGAAAGAGGUGCUAUGAAGAUGCUCAGGGGCGCCUGGAGCUUUCCAACUUAGUUUAUGGAUUUUGAUGCAUUGAGUGGCUCCUUUGUAAGUCAGGAUGUGGGGGGGGACAGGGGUGUCAAUAUUUCUAAGGAAGUUGGUGGCACACCGGCCUUUGCCAACGGUGGGGAGACUGACCAAAAACACACAUAUGGUUGUGUGAUGCUGCAGUUUAUGCAUUUGCAUCAGAUAACCAGGAUGCAAGUUUUGUAUCGACCCUACUGCAAGUUAUUUUUGUCUCCUUGUGGCCUGUGGAGCUCUGUGGUUUAUGGCUACUGGAUUUCCUUGAAGGAGCUUUUGACAAGGAACCAGUUGAUAAUGGGAAAAAAAGGAUGCAACAUCUUGUACUUCCCCCCCACCCCUUGCGUCUUCAGUUUUUGUUUUUAUUUUUUUGAAAAAAAUAUAUCACAAAUGAUGACAAUCCUUUUAUUUAAAAAAUUA